AUGUUAUGUGGCUUUCUAGGGGCGGGAUUACAGCCACUCAGGAGACUUGUAUUCCGGAGUGCCAGUCUAGCCAUCGGGCGGCUUAUCAGCCAAUCACAACGGUCUCAUUCCGCUCCAGUACUCUAUUCUGUUCUCAAUCUCUACUGCGUGUGUUUCCUUUGCAGAAAAACUUCAACUUACAACCAUCACGACAAACACACCAGCAUGGGAUCACUAACUAUCAGCAUUCCCCACCUGGUGGGCAAUGAGAACACCAAGCAGCUCAUUGUUCACGGACGUCCAUUUCUUGUACGAGGCGGCGAACUUCAAAAUUCCUCUUUAUCAUCGGUCGAAUAUAUGGAACCAGUUUGGCAGAAAAUGGUUGCCAUGAAUAUCAACACUCUACUAGGUUGUGUGACCUGGGACAUGAUAGAGCCUGAAGAAGACGUUUUUGACUUUUCUGUUCUGGACGAGGUCAUCAUUGCGGCGCGAAAGCAUUCGGUGCAUCUCGUGUUGCUCUGGUUCGGCUCCUUCAAAAAUGGGCUUUCGACAUACGUGCCUUCAUGGGUCAAGCAAAGCCCAACGCGAUUCCCCCGAGCGAAACUACGUAAAGCCGGCGGUCGUCUUGAAACAGCCGAUGUUGUAUCGCUCUUCCAUCCAGAGUGCCGCAAGGCUGACGCCAAAGCCUUUGGUACACUGAUGAAUCAUCUACGGAAGUUCGAUCAAUCUCACUCCACAGUAAUCAUGGUUCAAGUUGAGAACGAGAGUGGCCUGUUGGGGGAUUCACGCGAUGGGUCUGAGCUAGCUGAACAGGCGUUUCGUCAACCUGUGCCGCGGGAGCUAAUCGAAUUCCUCACUUCAAGCUGGGAGCACCUUCACGACGACAUCAAAGUGCACAACCUGGCAAGCUUCAACCCCGAAGGCGGGGAUUGGGAGGCGGUUUUUGGGUCGAGUCCACGUACUGAUGAAUUGUUUAUGGCGUACCACUACGCUCUCUAUGUGAACGAAGUCGCAGGGGCAGGCAAAACUCAAUAUCCCAUCCCGCAUUACACUAAUAUGUGGAUGAACUACGCCGGAGAUGAUGCAGAUAACGACUUCCCAGUUGUCGUGGGUGGGGGAGGCAUACCAGGAGAUUAUCCCUCCGGCGGCGCCGUGAGUAACGUUAUGGAUGUCUGGAUGCGGUUUGCGCCGAAUCUGGAUUUUCUCGGUCCUGACAUCUAUCUUAACGAUUACGAUAAGUCCUGUGCAAAAUACAGGCAUAGAAAUCAGCCUCUCUUUGUCCCAGAGCAGCGACGCGAUGACUAUGGCGCUCGUCGUAUGUGGAUUGCGUAUGGGUCCUAUGCGGCGAUUGGCGUAGCUCCCUUUGGUGUUGACACGGUAGAGCCAGCCGACAGUCCUCUGACCAAGCAUUAUGGCCUCCUCAAGUCAGUGUCAGCCAUCGUCCUCAAAGCCCAACGUCAGACAAACUCGUCUGUAGGCUUCUGUUUCGACGACGGCGCAUCCAACAGUAUCUCCAGCCCCGUCAGGCGGAGCUGGGGAGAUUUCGACAUCACGAUUGAUCGAUGCUUCGUCUUCGGAGAGCCAGGACCAGGAGCAGGCAUGGUUGUUCAUCGGGGGCAUGGUAAGUUCCUGUUGAUCGGGUGGGGGUUCCACGUCAGUGCAAAGAGUUUGUCGAAGGACUCAACUUUUACGGGCAUCCUGAAAUUCGAGGAAAAGGCUGUGGAUGAUGAAGAGACAGGUCGCCUGCGGACAGUGCGUGUCUUGAAUGGGGAUGAGACUAGAAGUGGCAGCUUUGCCAUGAUGCCCAGCGAGAAUCCCGACUAUGGUGGCUUUCCCAUAUCUGUCACUGUCCCAGCGCGGACAAUGAUCGCAGAGGUCACGUUUUAUUCUAUCUCCGACUAG